UAUGGAUGCGAAGGACAUCCAGGGAUUACCCAAAAAUUCCUUCCCACCUCUGGAGAAGAAGUCUCGACCUCAGAAAGAAUCUCAGAGAAAACCAGAUGGCAUUUCGCGGGAGGUGUAUGCGCUUACGGGUGGAUUGACAGCUCUUAUGCCUGCUGUUGAUUCGUCUCAAUUGAAAAAAAGGCCUCCAUCAAAUGAAAAGAUCACUUGGCAAUGGCUUCCUUUCACAAAUUCUGCUCGUAAAGAUGAUCUUCAGCUUUUCCAUUGGUGUGACUAUGUAUAUGGACCUUUCCUUAAUGAAGGCAGUGUGGCUUCAUUGUGA